AUGCUCCCCUACCCAGAGAUGGGUCCUGGAUACCUACCUAUACCUGAACCAGAAGUAAAUACAUCCCAACCCUAUCCUUCAACCCAAAAUGCUCCAUUCCCUCCAACCCAAAGUUACCCUCCAACCCAAAAUCCUCCCUACCCUCCAACUCAAAAUACUACCUACCCUACGAGCCAAAAUACUCCCUACCCUACGAGCCAAAAUACUCCCUACCCUCCAAUACAAAAUGCUCCUUAUCCUUCAACACAAAAUACCCCCUACCCUCCAACACAAAAUACUUUCUUCCCUACACCUCAAAAUUCUCCUUACCCUUCUUCCCAAAAUUCUCCCUACCCUCUAACCAAUAAUACUUCCUACCCUACACCUCAAAAUACUCCCUACCCUCCAACCAACAAUACUCCUUACCCUCCAACUCAAAAUUCUCCCUACCCUUCAACCCAAAAUACUCCCUAUCCCUACUCCCAAUCUAACACUCCCUACUCAACACCUCAAAACGUUGCUCCCCUUAACCCAGAAUUUAAUCCGAUCACAACCUCAAUCCAAGCUUACCCUCCAUCUGCUCCCUAUGUCCCUGUUUCUGCUCCCUAUGCUCCCCCUGUCCCGCACUUUAAUGAGGGAGUAACUAGCCUGGAGGAUAAGGAAGGAUUACUCUCUGGGUUGAGCAAGCUGACCCUUCAUCCAGGUAGAUUAGGAUUACGCUCUGGGUUGAACAAGCUGAACCUUCAUCCAGGUAGAUUAGGAUUACGCUCUGGGUUGAACAAGCUGAUCCUUCAUCCAG